AUGGAGAAAAUCUUUCGAUGCCUGCGUCUCGCAGUGGCUGUGGCCGUUUUUACACAAAGCUUUGGUUAUAACCAGGAUCUUUAUAAUGUGUGCAACGAUGCUCCACCUAAACCAGGCUAUUGCAGCGGGCGCACACGCAAGUAUACUUUCGACAUAUACCUCAAGCAAUGCGUACCCGCCUAUGUCUGCGGCUUUUCUGGCACUAAGAAUAUCUUCCACACUAAAAAACAAUGCCAGCAAACCUGUCCGAUUGAUCAGUUCUGCACUUUGCCAAGACCAUACACUUCGUGCAGCGCUGGCGCUACAAUAAUAACUACGUGGUAUCUGAGUCCCUUCACCGGGACAUGCAUUGCGGCCACCGGCUGCGCUUUCAUGGCGGCCGAUUUUCGAACAAAAAGGGAAUGCCAAGCGGCCUGCAGAAAACACACCGUGUGUUAUCAGCCAAGAAACGAAGGAGAACCCCUUAAAAGAGCGGGAAGCAUGUGGCAUUUCAGUCGCAAAGAGCAACGUUGCAUUAACACUACAUCUAUCGAAAACAAUGGAAACAACUUCGAGAAUAAAAAAGAUUGCAUGCAAACAUGUCCUUACGGAGGACGUUUACAGGAAUGCAGACUCCCUAAAAAUGAAGGCACCUACUGUCUGGAAAAACGCAUACCUUCCUUCCGGUAUUACCACGAUACUAAAAGUGGCAGGUGCAGUCGUUUCUUGUAUAAGGGCUGCCAGAAAAACGCCAAUAACUACUUAACAAAGCGUGCGUGUGAAGCAACUUGUCAGGAUUUAAGGUAA